AUGGCAGAGGAGAAGGCUGACAUGCAGAGGCAGAUGAGCGAGUCGCGUGCGGAGUGCGAGCGCAUGUUCUCGGAGCGGGCGCAGAUGGCGAAGCAGCUGGCGGAGUUCCGCGCGGAGUGCGAGUGCCGCAUGACCGAGGAGAAGGCCGACAUGACGAGCAAGAUGGCCGAGUUCCGCGCCGCCUGUGAGGUCAAGAUCGUGGAGGAGAAGAUGGCCAUGGAGCACCAGCUGGCGGAGGCGCGGCGGCACACCGAGGUGCAGCUGUCCUCCGAGCGGCAGAUCACCGACCACAUCCGCCACGCCAUGCGCGAGCUGCCGCCGCUGCAGGCCGCGAUGGAGCUCGGAGACCUGGGCCUGCUGGAGGUGGAACUCCGCAAGUGGAAGCCCGAGAGCUUGCCCGACCGAUUCGGCGAGUCCAAGGGCGUAGUGGAGGCCGUGGUCAAGCUGGCGCGGGAGCGGCUGGUGACGUGGAGAGGCGUAGAGCACACGAUGAAGGAGGUUCUCAAAGAGGUCUCCCGCCUGCCCGGCAGCCUCCCCGCCCUGGCGGACCAUUGUCACAAGAUCUUCCGGGCCCUCAAGGAGGCGCAGCUCACGAAGAUGGACCUCCGGAGGACGGACCCCGUGACGAUGGACCGCAUCGGCGAGAUCUUCCUCGCGUGGUCCGAGCGCGCGAUGAGCCAUCCCAACGGCGUCCACCGGGCAAUCAUCCGGAAGGUCGUCACGUGCUCAAAUUUGGGUCCCUUCGACUUUGUCGACCUGGACAUUUGCCUGCGCCUCGUGGACAGGGCCUCCCUCGGCAGCGAGGCGUUCUUGUCCCGUGCAAGGGCGCUGGUCGAGGACGAGAACAAUUCUCCCAAGGACUUGCGCCCGCUGCUCUCCCACGUCGAGACCAUGCUGUUCUUCCUGAAGUACACCACCAGAGAGGACCUGCGGCUCACCCACGCCGAGUUCCGCAAGCAGGCCGGGCGGCUGGACCGCCACGUGGCCAGCCACCUGGCCAUGGCGGAGCGGCAGUACCCUGCUGGGGCGGAGCUGGUCCGCUUCUCGGAGGGGCAGGGCCUCCUGGAUCACGCAGAGGUCUCUGCCGUCCUGGAGGAGAUCAGAGGACAUCCUGCGAGGCACCGUCAGGACAGCCUCGGGAUAUUCCGCGAGAUCUUUUACCAGUGGGCCCUGGUCAUGCAGCAUAAGUUCGACCUAUUGGUGCUACCACACCACACCCAGGCCGCGCGCUCCGGCGGGGCGGCGGCGGCGAUGGACGCGGUGGAGAAGAAGGUCGGCCAGACCCUCGACGAGAUCUGGUCCGACCGGCUUGCGGAGGCCAGGGCGAAGCGCAAGGCCGCUGGCGGGGGCAGCGGCGCCGGCGCCGGCAGGGGUCGCAAGGCCGCUGGCGCGGUCCGCAAGGGCGCCGGCCGCGGCGUCAAGAAGGCGAUCACCGCCAAGAAGGCGCCCGGGCGCGGCAAGGGCAAGGGCGCCGCCGGCAAGGGCAGCCGGAGGGCGGUGGGCCGGGAGCCGGACGCCCCGCCGCGCGCCAAGGGCAAGUCCUCCGGCAAGGGCAAGGCCGAUGGGCGGACAUCGGCCCGCAGCCUGGGCAGGGCCGCCCGGAGCUUCCUCGGCGUCAGGCGCUCCAUCUCGGGUGUUGCUGGGGGUGCCACCCGGCUCACGGUCAUCGAGGCUCGGGGCGAAGCGAAGCCUGCUCAGAGGAAGAAGCGGUACUGGGAGGUCGAGGUCGACAUGGGCAAGGGCAGCGGCGCGGACAGGGGCAGGAUGGCCCUGGCCAAUGGCGACGCCGGCAAGGGCAGGUCGGGCAAGAGCAAGGGCAGGACCGCCCGGCGCCUGGCCUCCGAGGAGGCCUGGGACCUCGACGAGCGCUGGGGCAGGGGCGGCCCGAAGGGCCGCGCCAAGGGCGGCGCAAAGGGCUGGGCCAAGGGCUGGGCCAAGGCCAAGGGCGGCGCCAAGGGCGGCACCAAGGGCUGGGCGAAGGGCGGCGCCAAGCGGGCCGUGUUCUUCGAGAACGCGGACUUCUAUACGACGACCUCGACACUCCUGGAACACUUCGAGCGGGCGGGCCCUGUCGCGAAGUUCACGCUCUACACGCUGCCCAAUGGCAAGUCGCGCGGCAUGGGGGUGUGCGAGUACAAGACGGCGGCCAGCGCGGAGAGGGCGAUCUGGCGCCUGGACGGCGCCGAGGUGGAUGGGUGGCCCCUGCAGGUCGUCUGCCUGUUGGUCUUCCGGUGCUUCCUCGAGGCCCGGCUGACGGGGGCCGACCCCCACGCCCUCAUCGCCCAGGUAGGCACCGGCGAGGGCAAGUCGAUGAUCAUCGCCGCCCUGGCGAUCUACGUCGCGGUGGUCCUUCGGAAGAAGGUGCAUAUCGUCGUGGACGACGAGACGCUCCUCGAGAGGGACUUCGCGACAUUCAAGCCGCUUUUCGACGCAUUCGAGCUGCCCCUGGACGGCCACAACGGCCAGAAGAGGAGAAUUACGUCGGUGUUGUGCGUCAGCGAGGACCGGCUGGCCAGCUCAAGGAAGGACCCCUCGUUCGCGGCGCGCGUGGACCCCGACGCGGACAUCUGCUACUGCGAGGCAAAGCACGUCCAGUCUUUCUACGCGAGCAUCGCGCGCGGCAGGGGGGACUUCGGCACCUAUGAGGACCGCGUGCUCAUCCUCGACGAGGUAGACGCCCUCAUCAUCGACGAGGAGCCCAACGAAGCCUUCGUGUAUCCCAACCAGGAGUUGAGCCAGAUGGCCACGCGAGUGGCUCAGGCCCUGAAAGGUGGAGCCUCGCCGGAGCAGCUGCACGGCAUGUGGACCGGCCCCCAGCAGCACCCCGCCGCGGCCCGGGUGGUGCGCGAGAUGAUCAGCGAGUGGGCCCGGGGCUCGCAGAUGCAGGCCAGCGACGACUUUGUGUACGUGAAGGAGAGCGGGCGCUACUGUGCUCUGCAGGCGGGCCGCGCAAACCCGAAGACAUGGUCGCUGGCUCUGGAGUGCAGAAACUUUCAGGAGGGCCUCAGCCACGAGAUCCUGUACCAGGAGCGCCUGUUUGUGAUGUCGCGGCCGCGCGUGUUCAGAAAGUACCAUCGCAUCCUGGGCCUCAGCGGCUCGAUGGGUACCGAGGCCGAGCGCAGGUUCUUGGAGUCCACCUACCGGGCAUCAUUUUUCGAGGUGCCGCCCUUCCUGAAGACCUGCCGGGGCUCCCCGUUCCACGAGGCCACGCCGGUGGCGCUCGGCAGCGGCCGCCGCCCCGUGUACGUGGAGCCCACGCCGGACGCCCAGCUUGCCCGGCUGGCCGAGGUCGCGUUCGAGGCGCGGGAGAGCGUUCCCGUGCUGGUGAUCGCAAAGGACCGCGCCCAGUGCGACCAGCUGGUCGAGCGGCUUCGGCAGGCCGCGCGCUCGAGGGGAUACGGCUCUGCGGCCGACGACAUGGUGCGCUCCUUGUCGCGCACCCUCUGCGAGUCCGACCCGGAGCAGUGGAAAGAGAACCUUAACCGCUCCACGCUGCCCCUCGGCGACGGCCGCGGGGCGAGCCACGGCGGCUCCUGGCGCGUGACGGUGACGGACCCCCGCGGAGGCAGAGGCACCGACUACCGCGUGGACGACCCGGGCGUGGACGGCCGCGGCGGGCUGCUGCUCAUUCCCACGAUCGUGCCCACUUCGCAGCGCGAGUGGAUCCAGUUCUUGGGGCGCACGGCCCGGCAGGACCGCCGCGGGCAGUUCUGCACCGUCCUGUGCGAGACGGACUACAGGGGGCUCAGCGCCCGCUUCGGCCAGACGCUCCCAGUUGGCAACGGCCUGGAGGCCGUGGAGGUCUAG